GGUCGACGGUUGUGCUCGCACCUGCUGAGUUAUCGGAGCCUCUGUGGACUUUGUCUUAGGUGAAAGGAAAUGACUGGUUGCUGGAUAUAAUUGCUGAGGCUCUGGAAAAAUGGCUUUGCGCUUCCGCAGUUUCAUCCCAUAUGCCAUACCCGGAGUGCUGGCACUUCUUGGCUGCUGGUGGAUCUUUGCCCAUAGGAAAAAGCACGCGGGCUAUCACGACAAGCAGGCAAUAGUCAUUGAAGAAGUGCUAGAAAACGAUUCAUCACCCAAAACAGAAGUAUGUGUUCCUCAAAGACUGUCUGUCUCAUGGGAAGAGCAGUGCCCGGAGAUUGAAAGCUCGACCUCCCUGCUGUCAGCAGGGCUGAUGACGCCCUCUCUUCUGUUGCACACUCACGAGAGGCUAGAUCUCUCACAGGACCUUCUAGACCUGUCAGUAACAACAGUUCCGCCCAACGCCCUUGAGGAUGACAGUGAAAAACUAGACACAAUCGGAUCUCAAGACGAAAGCCAUGUCCCUGCUUGUGUUUCUCUCCCUCUGAUCUCCAGGAGCCCGGAGUGUCGUGGGAGUGCUGCAGGGAGCCUUAAACAGGAUUCAAGCUCCAGUGCCAACCAAGAUCAGUGGCCAUCAGCAUCCCUGACACAGGAGCCUCCAGGAGUCACGGAGGGGAUCAGCAGUGCAGAGCAGUCAGAUGAAUCUUCAUUUCAGCCCGCUAAGGAAAGCCAGGUGUCAGAAAUCGUGCUGUCACAUGCUGGCUCUGUGACAGCCCCUUGCUUGGGGUUGGAGAAGGAAGCCAAUACCCCACGAGCCUUUCUUAAUAAUGAAGUUGUAUCAAGUCACAAGGAUUCCGCAGUGAGCGUGUUACCGGAUAGUUCGGAGCCUGCCUGUCUGGAACAGCCCAGGGAGGAAGAGGAGGCAGAGUCCCUUGCCAGUGCUGUACCUGCGUGUCGGGAGGAGGACUCGCAGCCAGAGGGAGAUGAAUUGGAAAGAGAGGAGAUUGGAGGAGUCAGUUUGGCCAAGGAAGAAGUUGAGAAAAUUGAGCAAGUAGCAAUACAGAUCAUUUCCAAGGUCAUUUUGGCAGCAACUGAGGAAGUGCUGUCUGGUUCCGCAAGUGAUGUGUCCACUUGGAUCUGCCAGGCCGCGGCCAGCCGAGGCGAGAGGCCGCUGGAGGCAGCGGGCGUUGUUCCCUCGGAGCAGACGCUCGCGGAGGAAGCUCCGCCGGGCGGGGAGGACACUGCUGCCCGGAGGGACGCUGUGGUACUGACGUCCCCGCAGCCAGAGGCACGGGAUCCCAGCGUGGCAGAGUCCGGCUGUUCGACACACGGCCGUUUGUCCGUCCCUCUUCAGGGAGACACAAGGGACUGUCGGACGAGGAACCGCGUGUGCAGUGAGGCCCGAGGCAUGGAUCGGGCCCCUGUGGAAAGCCAUGGAGGGCCACUGGAAAGGUCGCCUGUGGUUAUGGAGGACUCUGGGUGCAGCACUUACACGUUUGAAGGUGGGACAAGCGUGGAGGACCCGCUGCAGAACGCAGUGCUGUCUGCCGUAGCAGGCCGGCAGUCGGACUCACCGGGCAGAGCUGCAGCCCAAGGCACGUCUGCUGAGCAGAGCUCGGCACCAAGUGAAAAAAACCCCACUCUGAAACUACCUGAAGACAGCGAAGUGCCAUACAGCAACGGGAUAUUGAAAGAGGAUGGUCCAGACUCGCACUAUGAGUGUAGCAGGGCAGCGGGGACAGAUGGAGAUCACUUGGCAGGUUCGGAUGUAAGUAACAUGGAGUUUGUGGACAGUGGCUGUGCCAUGAGGAAGACAGUGACUCGCCAGAACUCUAAGCUAGAAGGAGAACCCAGCAAGUCUGACUUCGUUAUCUGGGAAAUAGAGGUCCCAAAGAAAUUAGUUGGCCGCUUGAUUGGCAAACAAGGAAGAUUUAUGAGCUUCUUGAGGCAAGCGUCUGGUGCCAAAAUUUAUGUCUCAACACUACCUUACUUCCGUGACUCCCAAGUCUGUCACAUCGAAGGCUCCCCGCAACAAGUGGAAAAAGUACUGAGCCUGAUCGGCAGGAAGUUCAAAGAGCUGUGUCUCACCAACAUCUACGCUCUACCUCCGCCAACACCGCUGACGCUUCAUUCCCUCCUUAUGACUGCCUGGCUGUUCCUCCCAGAUGGAGUCAGUGUAGAGGUGGUCGUGGCGAACCAAGUGGAUGCAGGACACAUGUUUCUCCAGCAACACACGCACCCCACUUUCCACGUCCUGCGUAGCCUCGACCAGCAGAUGUAUGCCUGCUACUCCCAACCUGAAAUUCCAACCCUGCCAACUCCAGUGGAAGUUGGUAUUAUCUGUGCAGCCCCGGGCCUGGACGGCGCGUGGUUACGGGCUCAAGUCAUUAGCUACUUCGAAGAGACCAGUGAAGUGGAGCUCAGAUACGUGGACUACGGAGGAUAUGACAAAGUGAAGAUCGACACACUCAGACAAAUCAGGUCUGAUUUUUUAUCACUACCUUUCCAAGGAGCAGAGGUUUUACUAGACAACGUGGUGCCGCUUCCAGACGAGGAUCACUUUUCAUCCGAAGCCAACGCCGCCGUUAGUGAGAUGACCAGAGGCGCGGUCCUGGUGGCGCAGGUCACAAACUAUGACAGUGCAACAGGCCUGCCGCUGAUACAGCUGUGGAACUUGAUGGGAGAUGAGGUGGUGUCAAUAAACAGAACUCUGGUGGAAAGAGGGUUUGCUCAGUGGCUCGACUACUAGCAAUGUCCUGGAUGCCUCGACAGCUCUUUCUGCAGAGGAAAAACAAAAGAAGAAAUCUCGUUUUGCACUAUUACAAUUUGGCUUGGCAACCUCUCACGAGAAGACCUGUUUGUGGCAUUUCGUGGUCCACUGAAACUAGUUUUGCUCAGCUGUUACCGUUUCACUAGAAACGCGUACCUCCUCCCCUCAGUGAAAGGCGGGGUGUUAAAAGCCAUAACGACAGAUACUGUAGCUUUAAAGCAAAAAAUCCUCCCUGGCCUUUACUCGAAAGUUGAAUGGAAAAACCCGUAAAACCUUUUGGGGCAUGCUUGAAGCUGGCAGGAGCCCCUGAAACGUUAACUGCGGUUGCAUUUUUGUUCAAGAUGUCUAAUGCCCCAUGAACUUCACGUCUGCUUGUCCUAAAAGUGACACUGGCUGUCUUUUUUUGUUUGUUUUUUUUUUAACAGGCUCUACCUGUGAUAUUAAUGAAUGUUAUUAAGGAAUUUAGUGCUUGGUUAUGGAUUUUUCUAUAUUGUGCCACUAACCUGCACAAACAACAUUCAUCUUGUGUCUUCCUUGUGCCAGGAGGUAGAUGAAUUGCAUUCGUUGCACUCGCCGUGGCACAUGUCUCACUGCAGUCGUGGUUUUUAGGCUUGAUACGUGUAAGGAAGAAGCUGCUCUGCGCAGGUGCUGGAGGUGCAGGAUGUGUUGUCACUACAGCUCUUGCUCUGAGACGUCCUGUAUUUAAAGAAAAGAACUGAUUGCCAAGCCCAAUUGUAGCUUAUAUUUUUCUAGCUGUGCAAAUCUGUAAAUAUAUAUAAAAAAAAAACCAACCAAACAUUGUAAUAUUUUGUACAAGAAAAA